AUUAUCCGUUUGCAACCGUCAUUUCACAUCAGUUGAAGAUUUUGAAGAACUGACGCUUUGAAGUUAUUUUAAAAUAAAUUUAAUUCGACGCAUGUUUCGUUGCAUUUUAGUGUUUUAAAAGAGAAAUAAAUAAAAACAGCAGGCUGUGACAAAGUACGAGAGUACAAUAUAAACUUUAAAGCGUUUUUGUGUAGUGAAAACAAAUAAACAUUGACCGUUGCAAGUCAACUUUGAUUUUAUCCGUGUUAUUAUACUAAAUUAGCUGACAAUGGAGUCUGUAUCAGUGACUGAGCGCUUAAACAAGCUGAGGGAAGAGAGAAUCGCGCGGGAAAAGGAGCGAAUUGCGAAGUUACGAGAACUCAACCUGAAGAAGUACAACAAAAAUGAUGAGAUGAAAAAUUCUACUUCAAACCUCUCCAUAGUCAAUAAGUCUAUAAAAUCUGAUGUGAAUAUGAAAAAUAAUGGAGCAGGUCCUGUUAAAAAUCAUUUAUAUGUGAAUGGUGCAGCAAAAAGACCUAUUACAGUACCAAUGAAAUCUAAGAAUGAAGAGGCUAAACCGAAAUCGGAAAUCCAAAAACCUCAAAGCAAAUUGACUUCUAAUAUACCGAAAAUUAUGAACAAAAUUGAAAAACCUAACAUUGCCAAUGGUAAUAAAAAAAUUGUUAACAACAUCACUAAUAAUAAGAAGCCUAUCAAUAAUAUUGAAAGAAAAUUACCUAUAGCUGAUAAAAAACCCAUUUUGGACAAUAAACCUCAAGUUCCCCGUGUCAGUCAAUUGCAAAAACCUAAGUUCAACACUAACUUUGCUGACAAGAAACAAAACUUUCCCAUCAGGAAAGCUGCAAGUCUUACUACAAAUGUCAAAAUCCGUCAAUCUCUUGCCGUGGCCAACAAUAAACCAUCUUCAAAUUUACCUCGCAAGUCAAUGAUACCUCAAAGUGCUUCGAAGUCAGAAUCAGUCUUCGACCGACUCUACAAACCCAAACCGGUACAAAACACAACCAAAAAUGAAAUAGAAAAACUUCAAACUGAUCCGAAUUACUUGAAAAAGGUUAUCCGCACCUCUGGAUUAAUUUUGAACAAACGUCACACAGUUUUUGAACCAUCCAAGGCUAAAAUAGCAGUGCCAGUCCGUAGAUCAAUCUCCGCUGUGCAUUUCAAACGGAUUGGAAAGCAAGAACUAGGCAAUUGCAUUCAUAAAUGGGCUUCCAUCGGUGAUAAAUUAAAUAACUUACAUUUAAAACAUGUAAAUGAAGAUGAGAAUAUACAGGAAGAGAAAGUAGUUUCCGCAGUGAAGAGUGAGAGAAAGAAAGUUACUUUCAUGACUCCGAUGGGCAAUUUCAACACACCAAGGCCAGAGGAACUGCAAGCGAGGUUGAAAUCUUGGCUUCAAAAGCGAGGAAAGUCUUUAGAUUCCUAUCACCAUUUACAGUGUUUCGGUAUACAUCAUCUACCGCAGACUAUCAAGUUUGAUCCCAAAGCCUUUGAUGAGGAAAAUAAGGAGAAUAUAGCGGUUGAUUCGGACAGUGAUGAUGAUUCUUACACUGAGAAUAUGAAUGAGGAACCGAAGGCUAGUACGGAGAAGUGGAGGAACGCUAGCUGUGUGACCGACAGUGAGGAUUUCAACGAUUCACAUAAUACUACGGCUACUUGCAGUGAUAUUAUUAAUUUAGAUGAAGUUGUGAUCGGUGCGUUGAAUGAUUUGACCGAGUUGCUUAAAGAGGGUUUCGACUGGGAACAAUGCGCGCGCUGGCUGCGUGCGAUCCGCGAGCGGUUCCCGUCGGCUCCGCACAGCGCCGCCUACUGGGAGUGUCGCGCGGCGCUCGAGGAGACGCGGGGCGACCUGCCCGCGUCCGUCCAGUGCUGGGAGGAAGCUAUUGCUAAGGGGACUGAGCGUUCCGUAGUGGAAGCCAACCUGGACCAGCUCCUGGACAAAUUCAUGCAGCUGAAGAUCAGCCCCAACAGCCACGGCAAGCGACGCCAGGUCGACCCCAAGCUAGUCGACGUCAAAAACGUAUUCAAGAGCACCAUCAUACGGUUUGCUGUUCAACAGGCUAAGCUACGCCAAUCAAAUCAAUUCGACGCGCCGAAGUACACAGUGACUCCAGUACGACGCAGUGCGAGGUUGAGCUCGCAUUGCAGUGCUAAACGCACCCCCCUACAAGUUUGCACCAGCGUCCGACAAGCUGACGAGGUUUUGGGAGAGAAACCAGUGUUUGUGCCAAACGGUAGCCUGUAUGGCACUCCUUAAGGUUGAAAAUGCAAUAUUGUUGGGUUAAAAGUUUAAAUUAUUCUGUAAUAUAAAUUGGAUAUUGUACAUUAAGGUAUGAAAACUUAGAAGGUAAAAUGUUUUUAGUGAUAACAAAUAUUUGAGAUGUAAUUUCUAAAGCACAUCAACAGCCUAUAAGUGGCCACUGUUGACCAAAUGCACGGUUGGUGCGUUGGCUGGGCAACCGGCAACCGCGCGGAGUCGCGGUUCGAUUCCCGCACGAAUCAACUCUUUGUGUGAUCCACAAAUUGUUGUUUCGGGUCUGAAUGUCAUGUGUCCGUGAACUUGUAUGUUUGCAAACGCACCCACGACACAGGGAAAAAUCCUAAAGUGGGGCAAAGUUUAAAAAAAAAAGGCAAGCAUGGAGCAGGUUUGAGCAUUAAUCACCACGCCUACUCAAUGCGGGUUAGCGAUUUCAAACUUAUAAUUAGAAAUUAUAAAUCCAGGUUUCCUCAUGAUGAAGGAAAACCCUUCACAAUUUGUCAGUGGUGUCUAAAGAAUCUUAGAAAGUACAUAUAACUCGAAAAAAGUCACAUUGGUACUUGCCGUUGGUAGGUUUCGAAACCGCGCCUUCAUGUAUUUGAGGCGGGUGUCUUAAAUCUCCCAAUACACGACUAUCUAAUGUCUAAAUCCCGACCUAUUAAUUUAUAAAAAAGAUUGAAUUUGACUGGCUGAAAAUAGCCCUUUUAUCUAAUAUUUCAUAUUAAUUACUAUGGAAUCAUGUUCUCAAUUAAAUGGCUAACUGCCGCACUCAGAGACAUUUAAUGAUUACUUAAACUAUUCUUUAAUAACGAUUUUGUACUGAAAACAAUAGGGAUGAUGACGGGGUCCGAAAAUUAAAAAUAUAAUUAGUCCGUCAGUUAGGUAAUGAAAAGAUAUUAGACACGUAUUUUUUUAUUUUGUCAAAUAAGAUAACAAUACUUAGAUAAACCGAAUCAAAGUUUAGGAGUGGGAGCUAACUAUAUCACUAUUGAGUAUAAAACGUACUCUAAAGUGACGUCACGCGAUAUUUCAAAUUGAUAUUAUCUUCGAAAGUAUUAAAUUUGUUUCUGUAAGAAAAUAAAAAAUACGUGUCUAACAUGUUAAAAUAAUCUACAAGACUGACAUUAAAAUAAAAAUUGGUCAUCUAUCCUAUUACUAAGGAUUGGGUUAGGUAAUCAUUAAAUGUCUCUGAGUACGUAAAUAAUAAUUCUAAUUAUGUAAUGCUUUGUUUUUUUUUAACUUAAACUAUGAUAAUGUAAAUACCUAAAUAUUAUGUUUUUCUUUAUGCUUUUAGUUAAGCUGACUUGUAUACAAUAAAAUAUUAUUUCUUACACCAAAAAGUACGCUUAGAAUUAUGUUUUAUCUUGCUUUUCUCACUUUAUGUUAUUAUGAGAGAAUUAAAGAGGUUUAUUCUAGUA